CAGUUGGUUGGCUAUAUCAACUUUUUAGGGGUGCGUUUUCAGCGUUGGAAAAACCAAUUUCUGUGCAUAAACUAUUUUUCGGUUACGUGGCAGCUCCGAUCUAGGUUUCUAGAGUAUUUACCCACGAAAACAGGGGAGUGUUAUGGUAAUUUCCUUGUCCAUCAACCGGAAGUUUCACGGUUGAUUGAACAUUUUAUGACAUCCAGCACACAAUGCUAGGUAUUUUCAUCCAGGCCACUUGGAACAGAUAAAGAUUCAUCGUAACCAGCGGAGGAAUCUUCAAUAUUGCUAAAGUUGCGUGUCUGAGGAUCCAAGUUACCAACGAACACAAGAAUUAUAUUUCAUCCUUACGAUAUAUUCAAGCUUUUGGAUUCCCGUUUUUUCUGAUAAAUAAUUGAAUACAACAUUUCCUCAACGUUAUCGCACUGGAAAACAUUAUGAGUUUGGAAAUGAGCGAUCUGUUCGCUAACCAAGUGUUGAACAUCAACGGGCAACCGGUCAAUUUGGACUGCUUAGACAUCAAAGAUAUUCUGGACGAGUCUAAUCAAGGUUUCCUCGACCCAGCGUUUCUUACAAUGUCCACAGAACAAGUGUUUCCACCUUUGGACUGGUCCUGUUAUACAGAGGACACCAAAGCGAAUGUCACUGUUUUAGAUUUGAAAGAUGUCUACGAGAAAGGACAGAUGCGACGAAAUGCUAGCUCAGAACAGAGAUUGCUGAAUGCCGAAGUACACCUUAAGGCAACGGCACAAAAACCUAUUCAGGUAAAUGAUUUACAACAUUUCCUCAACGUUAUCGCACUGGAAAACAUUAUGAGUUUGGAAAUGAGCGAUCUGUUCGCUAACCAAGUGUUGAACAUCAACGGGCAACCGGUCAAUUUGGACUGCUUAGACAUCAAAGAUAUUCUGGACGAGUCUAAUCAAGGUUUCCUCGACCCAGCGUUUCUUACAAUGUCCACAGAACAAGUGUUUCCACCUUUGGACUGGUCCUGUUAUACAGAGGACACCAAAGCGAAUGUCACUGUUUUAGAUUUGAAAGAUGUCUACGAGAAAGGACAGAUGCGACGAAAUGCUAGCUCAGAACAGAGAUUGCUGAAUGCCGAAGUACACCUUAAGGCAACGGCACAAAAACCUAUUCAGGGCGUGUGUGCGUUUGUGGAAAGAUGUCCAGAGGCCGCAAGGAUUCUACAAGACUUGAACGGCCGCGUUGAACUGGAACCAGUGGUAUACAGCAGAAAAGAGCCAUUCGCCGCCAACUUUUCCGUUAACCUCGACUCCGUGUAUUCAUCCCAGAAGGGUAUUAAGGUUUACGAACUUUCACGCGUCAAAGGCGAGGAGAGAAAUAUUUUCCGUUUGGUUGUCGUGCUCCAUUUUGUGGAUGGAACGACGAAAGAGUUUACCAGCAAACAUUUCCAAGUACAAAGCAAAAAAUCCCCAAAGCAAGGACAAGAGGACGAUUCUGGAAGUGUUGAUAAUGGUUACUGUGGAACGCCAAGUCCAGAGAAUAAAAGAAAGAAGCGCAAAAUUUCAGGAUUAGAUUCCAGUCCAGGUGGAAGUUUGAGCAGUGGCAUGAACAGUGACACUGUUAGCGCCUCCGAGAUAAUUACAGAUCGCCUCGAAGCUAAAUCUGCCGUCAUCGAGGAACUGCGGGUGACCAAGCCUAUCGUCACACAAAGAGGAGACAUUGCUUAUCACUUCAAACUGGACACCGCUGACCAUGAUCAUCCCCUUGAAGAAGGUGACAUCGUCGGUGUCUUUGAAGGUCCUGAUGGCGAGAGCUACAUCGAGAAGCUGACACAUUUCAAUGCCUCAAAAGCCACGAUGGCGGGAGUUAUCAGCAGAUCAGCGUAUCUUGAGGCCAAGACCCCUGCAGAGGGCGAAAAUAAAGCUCUGUACGACCUCGUGUGUGUAAUAGGCAUGGUGGGUGUUAAAGUUCUCGGCCCAGUAAAAAACGGUGAGCGAAUCUUCGCCUCUUUGGAACAUCCGGGAGCUGCGAUACCCCAGAGUCGUGUGAGUGACGCUGUGUCCAGUGACGCCGUCCUGCUCGGUCAAACUCUUGAAAGCCUGGACGCUAAGACUGACGAAGUGAGCGUAGUGCAGUCUUUUGUCUCAAUCUUGUUGAGCAUUUCGUCUGGUCACGUGACGGACGCUGUCAGUGAUUUGCGGAAAAACGUGAGGGAGGAUGUGAAAACCGAAGUGAAUCAGAUCAAAAAGAAAUGUUUGAGAGGUUUUCGCCGCUGGUUGUUUGCGGGCUUCAUCUUAGCGGUAUUAGUAGCAGUGUUGCUGUAUCAGUUAUUCGCCCCAGGCACCGCAUUUCGUUACUACAGAUGUCGCCAGGGAUCCAUUGAUGAUAGUGAUUUGUGGUUCACAUUCACCACUAAUGAUUUACAGAUUCCUCGUGUACAUGGUAUCGAGUUUACUUGGGACAAGCUGAAGAAAAAAAUGGAUUUGAAUUUUGGCAGAAUAAACUACACAGACGCGCACUAUUAUUUAAACCUGGACCGUUGUGCUUAUGGCGGGAUUAGACUCGUGGGUUCACCGUUGGACAACAAAGAGAUGGUGCGAGGUGCAGAAAUAGUGGCUGUCGAUCAAAACUGCACAACUGUUUAUUAUCACGCAGAAGAAUGGUCUCCGUAUGAAACCGGCAGGGACUUAGUGUGUACAGCCCAUCCCUGACACAGGAUACAUUAAUACUAGGAUUUUUGGAGGUCUUUGAGUUUGCAUUGUCGCGAGACGUGACUGUUUCGCUUUGAGGUUCAACUUAAACGACGGCAUUCAAAGUGGAAUGUUGUAGAAUCCAGCUUUAAUUCCACGAGAAAUGAGGCCCAAUUGCUGCAAACAAGAAGCUUUGUUGGUUAAACGGUUAGCGUUUAGACACAUUGAAAGAACAGAGAAACUUUUGUCAAGGAAGGAAACAAAGAACAUGUUUUCAAUGAUGGUACAGCAUUAUUUAAUAACAUUGUUGUUUAUGACAUUUUACGUUACGCAUUGCGAUGGCUGGACCAAGCAUACUUGUUAGGUAAUUUUGUAUUUAUAUCAGUUGAGUUUGUGUCAUUAUCUAUGUUUGCUCAUUCGUUUAGUCUUUGGAUUUCGCUUCAUGCUUUAUUGUCAUCCCCAGACCUGCCUGUCUGUCUUAGCCUGCGGGGCCUUGGCCCGAGGAAAGGGUGGCUCACGUGACUUUCCUACUAUCAAUGUUCCGCUGGCUUAGAGAGAGAGCUGGCCCUGGGAAUGCGAAUGACGUAUGCCUAUGUUUACCCUUCUUAAAUCCGUUUUCGGUGAUUGGAAUAUUUUCAGCAUUUUUUUAAUAAAAUAAUUAUCCCUUAGCAUUUCCAGGGUAGGUGAUAUUUGUAUCUCUUAACAUCCAACAGUGAUUCAUUGCAUUUUUUUUUUUACCUUUUUACCACAAGUUAUGAGAGUAAGCGAUCUGAUAACCUCAGGAAAGAUAUCUUGACUUCAAAUGGUGAAAUUUUCAAAAAGAGUUAUGCGAAUUUUAACUCCGACCUGAGGACUUAAGGGUUGAAUUUUUUUUAAUUGAUUAUUGUUAUCAAAUAACUUUCUAAGUUUGAAGAAUAUUCAUUGCUAUCUAUUCAACACUAUACUUUAAAUGCGCAAUUGGCAGUUCAGUCCAGAUAUAUACACUGUAUAAAGAGGAAAAAUGUAUAUAAUACUUAACAACUCGCAUAGAACAUACAGUCCAAGGAAUACAAGUGUAAGAACUCCAUUAACUGCUUGUUACUGUCCAAUCAGAUCACAGCACCGUGAUUACUCUCGUAAGAUCUAAUUUUACCAUUAUUAACAUGAUGCAUGUCACGUUGCUGAGCUCCUCUGCUGACCAGAAGGAAUCAAUGACAGUUGGCUCAGUCGAACUUCGCGAGUUGAUCUCGAUUCAAAUCGUUUAAACUUUUCUUUGACUACGAAAGGAAAGAGAGUUGAAAAAGUAAAGAAGAAAUAAAAAGAAGGCUGGUCCUUUAUAUCAUAUGUAUAUUUUCAUGGAAAGUACCAUUUAGUAGGGACAGAAACAUAUCACCUCGAUCUAAGUGAUAUGCUUCUGGUAUGGAAUAAGUCGUGAAAUAGAUAAAAGUGCAUGAUAAGUUCUUUUUAGAUCGUGUUAAAAAGCUUAAAGAUUUAUUUGACCAAAUUAGUUUUGCCUGAACUGUAAUUUAUUGAUGUAUAAUGCCAUUUAUUAAAUACAUACUUGCUGGUUGAGCAUGUCCGAAAAAAUAAAGUGACAUAUUUUUCAACAAACA